CGACCCGAGGAGCAGCCACGGCUAAACUGAGUGACUCCUGAUUCUUCUGGGCCUAUCGGAUCAUGGACUAGCCACCGGACCCGCUGAUCGACGGCUCUCCUCCCCUCUCCCGACCUUCCCCUCGGGGCCCUCAUGCGGCAGGGGCGAUGUGGCACUUCCUGUCACCGUUCCGCAGCCGGCAGGAGCGGGUGGUGCUGGCCCGCAGCGAGAGCCUGCCGGGAGAGCAGGUUCUGAAGAUCACGGUCACGGAGACCACGCUGAUCGAGGCCGAGUCCGGGGUCCUGAACUGGCGCUCCCUCACCUACCUGCUCCUCUGGUACUUCUUCAGCUUCUGCACCCUGUUCCUCAACAAAUACAUCCUGUCGUUGCUGGAGGGGGAGCCGAGCAUGCUGGGCGCUGUGCAGAUGCUUUCCACCACCUUCAUCGGCUGCGUGAAGAUGUUCGUCCCCUGCUGCCUCUACAAGCACAAGUCUCGAACCGAGUACCCCUCCAACUUCGUCAUGAUCAUGCUCUUCGUCGGCCUCAUGAGAUUCACCACGGUGGUUCUGGGGUUGGUGAGCCUGAAGAACGUCGCCGUGUCCUUCGCCGAGACGGUGAAAAGCUCGGCGCCCAUUUUCACCGUCAUCAUGUCCAGACUGAUCCUCGGGGAGUACACGGGCCUGUGGGUGAACCUGUCCCUCUUCCCCGUCAUGGCGGGCCUGGCCCUGUGCACGGCUACGGAGAUCAGUUUCAACAUGCUCGGCUUCUCCGCCGCCCUCUCCACCAACAUCAUGGACUGCCUGCAGAAUGUUUUCUCCAAGAAGCUUCUCAGCGGAGAAACGUACAAGUUCAGUCCUGCAGAGCUGCAGUUCUACACGAGCGCCGCAGCGGUUAUCAUGCUCAUCCCGGCCUGGGUUUUCCUCCUGGAUAUUCCAGUGAUCGGGAAGAGUGGAAAGAGCUUCAUCUUCAAUCAGGACGUCGUCCUGCUGCUGCUAUUUGACGGGUCUCUCUUCCACCUGCAGAGCGUCACGGCCUACGCCCUCAUGGGGCGGAUCUCCCCCGUCACGUUCAGUGUCGCCAGCACCGUGAAGCACGCGCUGUCCGUCUGGCUCAGCAUCAUCGUGUUCAGCAACCACAUCACGCUCCUCAGCGCCGCCGGCACGGCCCUCGUGUUCGUCGGGGUCUUCCUCUACAACAAGGCCAGGCAGCUCCAGAGGGAAACCCUGCAGGCCAUGGCGGCCGAGCAGAACCACAAACCCCUCCUGCAGGACCAGGACUUCCAGACCUCCCAGUCCCAGUGAGGACUCUCCGGCUCCAGGCGCCGCGUGUUUGAGUCUGUUUGACAAAGCUAUCAAGCAAUCCUGUGGAACGAAACAAAACUGUCUUUCUUGGUCUUGAUCACGGCUUUAACGGUCUUUUGUUGUCUUGUGUGGACCAGUACCAGGAGAAGCUCAGGGGCACUUUCUGCUUUUUCAAGGACUUAUUUGCAUUCCGGUUGAUCCCCCGUCUGAGGCGCAGCAGCUCCUCGUCGUACGAAUCACUGAAAGUAGCGAUGUAAUCUGCAUUCCACCGUCUGACGUGAACCGUAGGCCAGAUGCGAGUGUUUGGUACCUCAGACGGUUCUGGUUCAGCCAAAGCUUUGACUGACACUUUCACACAUUCGUCCACGACGUGUGAAACAUUUCUGACGGCCAAGUACUGCAUUCUGGGAAUGCUCAUCUUCUGUCAACACUUGCUUUUGUUUUUCUCUGUAACAAGCAACUCUUUAAGUGUGCAGCCGCAAACAAGUUUUAAAAUCAUUCACAAGUGUGCCAUUUAUAAAAGAAAAAAGAAGUCAAAGCUUCAUAGAAAUGUUUUUUUGUUGCAAUUUUGUGCCUAAAAACAAGUUUUUCCUUUUUAAACGUGUUUUGUUCUCACUAUUUUGAUCAGAGUUUGACCAUAAGCUGAAUUACUUGAACAAAUGUGUUUUACAUUAACGUGUUAAUCACACGUGACCUUUUUUUUUUUUUUAAAGAUAUUUCUUUGUCAUUUCUGAGGAAAAUGAAAAUAAAGCAACUCUAUGUAUCAACACAACUUCUGGCCACAUGGGGGCAGCAUAUCUCAAGCUGGACCGUCCUCACCCACUAGCGCUGCAUCGUCGGUGCUGCAGAUCUACAGGCCCCCGUGUGGUCAGGAGCGGUAUUACUACAUAAGGGCUGAGUUGUACAAUUUAUACCAUCAGAUUAUGUUGUUUUGUACUAAUUUUCCAUCAUAUAAAGUGUUUAAAUCGCUGCCUCAACUGUCAAGUCCAAACAUGCACAGUCUUCACUCUAAUUUAAUGUUCAGAGGUGUAAAGUAUUGAGGUGAAUAUGACUUUAUGUUUUAGAAUGUGAAAAUGUGUAAUGAUGUGGGUCAACACCGCAGAAAAUAAAAGUAUUUUCUCCACGUUAUUUGAGUUGCCCGCAUGUCUUCACAGUUAUCUCAGGUUGCAUUGUUUAUUU